GCCGCUGAGUGGCGCUGAUUCACUGCGCGUUGGGUUCCUUCUAACUUCCCUGGAGAGCAAGCAGGGAUCGAGUCGGCGCAGCACAGCGCUCCAGACCUUUGCCUUUAGCACCGGCAGAUCCUGCACAGAGCGCAUACCGUCUCCAGCGCGGACAAACACCGUGAAAACAAGCCCAACAGGAUACUACGUGGGGUGAUGGCUCCGUUAGAGACAUUUUUAAAGCUUUUUAAACCAGAAGCGAAAGCGCUGAUGUGAAGUUUCACACUGCUCUCCGUUGAGUUGAGAUGAAGAUCUGAGACGCUGCAAGAGAAGGAACUUUACGUGUCCGCGCACCCGGACGCCCUGCGGGAACAUCGGGCGCUUUUGUGAUCAGAGGACUGAACUUCUUUUCAGUAUUUGUGGGUUUCUGACUCUCUCUGACAUAUUAGAUAUAGGAGGGAUCAUUUGGUGCGGAUUGUUGAAGCCUCUCCGGUUCGUGGAUGGAAUAACUCAUAAUGGAAGGGCAAUGAGACCCCUCUCUGCUGCUGGGCAAUAAUCCGGACCACCGCACUAACAGAAUGCAGCAGCGGGCGGUACAGAGGGUGUGCGCGUGGUUCUUGCUGGUGUUUUUGACCCUUCUGUCUCUCUGGGGUCACCUGUCGGACGCCUCCUCUCACCGCAGUCACAUCGUGCACGUGAAGGCUGGCACAUGUGAGGUGAUUGCAGCCCACCGCUGCUGUAACAGAAAUAAGAUUGAGGAGCGAUCACAGACGGUUAAGUGUUCCUGCUUCCCAGGACAAGUCGCUGGAACGACAAGGGCUGCACCUUCCUGUGUGGAUGCGUCUAUAGUAGCUCAGAAGUGGUGGUGUCAGAUGCAGCCAUGUUUGGAUGGUGAGGAGUGUAAAGUCUUGCCCGACCUCACAGGCUGGAGCUGCAGCACAGGCAACAAGGUGAAGACCACCAAGUGACCUAAUUCUUCUUGUUGUGAACACGCUCUGUACCAUACCUUAGGAGUUCAUGUGGAGAGAGCCUGAAGUUUGUUGGAACUGACAUCAAACAUAGUAGAGCCUGCUUUGGAAAAAAAGAAGAAGAACAAAACAGAGAAACAGAGACAACCCCUUUUUAUCCUGCCAAUAAAGCGUCUUGAAACUUGACAAAGAGAGACAGAGACAAAGAAAGAGAGACAAGCCUAGCAACAAACACACAAGCACUUAUGUUAUGAGUGACAGAUGUGAAGUGACUGACUGAGACUCUUCUCAACAGAAAAAGUCAAAGGCAGAACAAAGCAGUAAAUAAAAUGAAGUGACCAGAAGACAUGAUGUCAACAUUUAUUCUAAUCUUCAGUCACUGGAGCAGGGUAAAACGAACUCUUGCCAAGCGGAAAAUGUGAGGAAAAUUGUUAAAAAACGUUUUUACCUUAGGAAUAGCAAAAUACAUGGUUUGUGUGUGUGUGUGUGUGUGUGUGUGUGUGUGUAUAUAGAUACAUGGAGACGUUUGCAUACAUUACCUUAAAAAAAGAGCGUCAUGGUGAUUUCAUAUAUAUUUUUCCAUGACAUAAAAAAUAAAACAAGAGAGGAGAACAGAAGAGAAAGAGAGGGUCUGGUAUGAUCAAUGAUUGAUAUGAUCAGUGACAUACACAUAACAAUGAUCCAUAUUUCAUCACAGUGAAUUCACGUGAGCCUACAUGUGUGUGAUGAACUGUACUUGAAUGUGUUUGAUGUUCCUUAAGAUGAAGUGAUAUGUCCAAAAUUAACAGAAGUGUACAUGCGUAUGUGUUAGUUGGUUUUUGUACUAACUGGGACCAUCCACACACAUAGCCCUCUGUCAGAUCUCUCUCUCUCUCUCUCACACACACACACACACAUUCUGUCUCUUUCUUUGUGGGUAGAUUUUGGUCCCACAAUGUAGCAUAGCAACACGCUGAAAACCACCCACAGCACCCUAUAGCCUCAUGGCGGCACUAACAUUUUCUUUUAAUUUAUAUUACAGCAGGUAUAUUGUCUUUUUUUAUAGAAAAAUAGAAAUUACUUUAUGAAUCAUUUUUACAUUUGAAGACAUCCCCAGAGGUUUUAUCAGGACCUUUAAAAGUGUAUCUACAUAAACCCACACAAACACAUUAAUUCUCAUUACAGAUGCAACUGUGCUCAAAAUGAGACCUACAGCACUGAACUUUCAGCUCUUUAACUCACUCCAUAAUGCUUUUAAAUAAACUCAAAAAAUGUCUGUAUUCAGUAUUGGAACACCUGCCGAUUCUAUAUAUUCCAAAGACCUUUCAGCACAGGUCUGUGAAAAUAUAAGAGAGGAGAAAUGCUUUGAUUAAUUAUGGAUGUUUAAAAUGAUUGAUCAGCACGGUAACUGUUCGUUCUAUGCCAGCACACCUUUCGCAACAUAAAACUUGCCAAAACUGAAAGAGACACCGGGAAGAGGAAAGAAAGAGGACGAGUGAGAGGGUGGAUCAAGUAUCGGGCAUUGUGCCAUGCCACUCUCCUCAGUCGUCCCUCUGUGCCAACUUGAAAGGCAAGGUGCCAGGCUCUAAAUGAAUGAGUUUGCUUGGGCGCCAACUGUUUCACCCACAGCUCCAGUGGACCAUGCCCAUCAGCAGCCAGGACAACAAGUCUGUGCAGAUAAAUGUCAAGCAUUAAUGAAAUCUGUACUAACAGAGAUGGAGAACCAGACGACUUCUUCCUCUGUACGAAAUGAGGCAGUAUAGUUCAUACACUGUAAAACCCAGAUAAGUUACAGUAACUCAAACCAUUUGAGGAAACCGAUUGCUGUAAACCAUUUAAGUUUUAAAACCAAUAAGUAUGAGUACUGUAAACUCAUAUACAUUAAAUUCACUUAUGUUUUAAUGUUGGUUUAGUCAAUCUUUAAACUCAACUUAAAGAUUUUAAGUUUAUUUUAUUCAUUCAGUUUGAAUUCAGGUAACAAAUCUAACUAAGUCUUAACAACUUUAUUGUUACUUUAAUGGUUUGAGGAAACCGAUUGCCGUAAAUGGUUUAAGUUCAUCAAACUCAAAGUAAUAAAGUUACGUAAGACUAAGCAAAACCUAACAUUGGCACAAAAUGAUGACAGAACAGGAGCACUGUAAAACUCAAGUUCAGAAUACUCAAAACAUUUAAGUAAACUAACUGAUUUUGUUAAGUUAGUAGAACUUAAAAAUUUUGUAACAAGUGGGGUGGGGCCGAGAGCCAUGGAAUUGGAGCAAGGCCAGAGUAGUGCACAGGUGUCUCUCAUUAACAAUCACGUCACCGGCAUUUUUCUCACCCUCGCCGCACUCAUCAUAAUGUUAAUUACAUAUAGUUCAUUUACAUAAACAUCACAUUCAGAUCUUCAUGGUUAAAUGAUAUAUAGCAAAUAACACGUUAUUAUAACUAUCAAAGAGACUUUCAUUAUAUACUUGCAUGUAUAUAAUCAACCACAUAAAGUAUAUAUGGUCUUAAAAGCUUUGCAGCCCAUCCUCAACCUAACCACAGGCUCUACUCUUAACCACAAUGGUAACCCUACAAAAAUUACAAAACAGUACCCCCUGUAAAUCCAAACAUAACACAACAUUAAACACUAACUU